AUGUCAUUACAAUUAUUAUCAACUUCAAAAUGUUACAAUGGUGAAGUUAAAAGAUAUUCUCAUCAAUCGAAAUGUAACAAUUGUGAAAUGAAAUUUCAUGUAUAUUUACCCGCCACUAUCAGUAAGAAUGCAGUACCUGUAUUGUGGUUCUUGAGUGGUAUUACCUGUACAGAUGAAAAUUUCAUUACAAAGUCAUGUGCUUUGCAAUUUGCAUCGCGUGAGGGUAUCAUGUUGGUAUGUCCAGAUACCAGUCCACGUGGUGCUGGAAUCGAGGGUGAACAGGCUGACUGGACACUCGGAUUGGGUGCUGGUUUCUACGUCGACGCUACCAACGAACCAUGGUCAAACAACUACAACAUGUAUACUUAUAUCACCAGUGAACUCUAUGAUCUGGUUUCAACUUCAUUCAACAUCAUUAAAGACAAACAAUCUAUCUUUGGACAUAGUAUGGGAGGACACGGUGCUUUGAUAAGUGCAUUCAAGAAUCCAUCGAAAUAUAGAUCGGUUUCGGCGUUCGCACCGAUUUGCAAUCCAGUUACGUUCGGAGAGAAUGCUCUGACACACUAUUUGGGUGGCGACAAGACCAAGUGGGAUGUGUACAAUGCUUCGGUGUUGGCCAAGUCCUAUCAAGGACCACAACUCGAUAUUCUCGUUGAUCAAGGUACUGCCGAUGAUUUCCUAUACAAACUAUAUCCAGAUCAAUUGAUUGACGCAUGCAAAUCAAACAGCGCCAACAUCAACCUUACAUUCAAUCAUCGUGAAGGCUAUCCACACAACUAUUGGUUCAUUCAAACCUUUAUUGAAGAUCAUAUUGUAUUCCAUUCUAAACAUCUUAAUUAA